AUGUGGUUACACUACAGUAUCCAGCAAACAUGGUACGGAACGCCGCGAGUCCCGGCGUACAACUUCACAGUCAACCGGGAGACCAAUGGAGAAGUCCCAAUCACCUUGGACGCUCCUUUCUACAACGAGCCGGAGGCUCCGAGGAGCACGCGGAUGGGCGGGUUCCUCGGCUUGUUGAAUUUCGAAGCCUUCGAAAUGCAAUUUAUCGGGGACAACAACCAAUGUCUUCACGUCAUAGUGGGCCCUGCUGGACAUUACAUCAUCUUCCUCAUGCUGAACGAGCGAUUGAGCAUUAAAGACGACUUGAGGAUGGCCUAUGAUUCGAAGGUGUCAUACACGCCGCCGUAUUGGAGAGCAACGAUAAAGAUACCCAUGGAGUACUUCCCGAAAAAUGUCAAGCUUUUCAAUGCGGCCGCCCGACACGGCACCAGCGAACGUAGGAGCAUGGAUGUUCUGUAUCUAGACAACGAGCCACUGCCUUCCUACUUCUCAAGCCCUCCAUUCCGGACGGCCCAGCCGAUUAAUUUCGAGAAGGUUUUGCUCCGUUACGACAACUCUAAGAUCUCCCCCGUCUGGACUAAGGCGAUUGAAGAGUACCGCAACGCGCCACGCGAUUCUGCUAGAGCGACUCGCUCAUCCUUGAUGCCGGAAUCGGUGGUGGGAAUGUUUCUACUAGCCUACUCUCUUGGAUACCUGGCUUACCUGAAAUUCCUCUAGCGGCAAACCGAAUGUGUCGCCAUUCAU